AUGGGCAGACGGGAGGAUCAACACCUCAUCUUCUGUCAGAGUCUGUACGUUGAGGAGAUAAACACUGAGCCUCUUCACUCUCCCACAGAACUAUCCAACAUUAAGCUGAGCGAGCGGGUAUCGCAGGGACUGGACGGCAACUUGUACUUCUCCAACCUACUGGAGGAGGACAGCCUGGAGGACUACACCUGCUACGCCCAGCUUCCAGAGACCAGAACCAUCAUCCAGAAGGAGCCAAUAUCCCUGAAAGUCACCACCUCAAACUCGGUGAGAUUCCGUAAGCCACGACUGCUUCACCCCCGUGGGAAGGGCAGCAGCUCACGACUGGCUCUGCAAAGCCGCCCGCUCCAUCUCGAGUGCAUCGCUGAGGGACUCCCCACGCCCAGCGUGCACUGGGAACGGAUGGAUGGCAACCUGCCGGCUGGACGGGUCAGCUACCAGAAUUUCAACAAGACACUGACUGUCCACGAUGUUGCCGAGGAGGAUGAUGGGGAAUAUCGGUGUGUGGUCAUCAACGGGCAGGGUCGUGUCACACACACGUACAGUGUGACUGUGGAGGGUGAGUAUCGGAACU